AAUGUCUUUUCCUAUUAAAGAUUCGAUAUUUAAUAUGUAAUUCUAUUCGAAAUAUGUAAUAUUAUUAGGAUGUUAAUCGACUUAGAUUUGAAAGUUUAUGAGCAUGUAGGUCAGAGAAUAAAGUAUUAAAUAUUCAAACCAAACAAUUUUGAAAAUAGUAAUUGGGAUAACAUCUUUUCAACCAUUCUUCUAACGUUCUAUUCUACGUGAAUACGUAGUACUCUAGUUGUUUUCACGAACGAGGAAUCCCAAAUCUAGGUAUUAAUACCUAUCCCUAUUGUCUUACCGUGUCGAAAAGGACAAAGGAGAUAUCGAACAGUCACGAUUUGGAUCACUACUUUUAGUAGAGAUACCUUCUAUACUUGGAUCAAAGAACCCGAUUAUUAACAUAGAAUAAUCAAAACUCGAUAUCCCUAAAUUGUUCAAAAUAUCAUGUUAAUCGGUCUAUGAACGAAUUACAUAAAUCUGGAAAUAUUUCUUCCGAGUAGAGUGUGCCGAAUUAGCAAAGAACGAAUUUCAAAAAUCAAUUUAUCUGAAUUAAUAACUAAUUCAUCACUUUAUACGAAUAAUUUAAGACACUCGAAUUGUUUUCGCAAAAUUCGAAUUGCGAUAUACUAGCUUUGAUUCCUAUAACAUGAAUCUUUCGUUAAGAUUUAGAUGAGUGAGAAGAAGGUGUCCUAGGAGCGCAGCAUCCUGCGCAGAGAUUCUUUAGUGUCCUGUCAGCUUCUUACUCUCUCUUGCUCCACACCCGUAGCGACAGGCGUGUUUCUUGAUAGUCGAGGAAAAGUAAGGAGCUAGGAAGAGGACAUAGACAAGAGUAUUUUCCUUCUAGUUUUGUCUUCGUUGCUCGUUGUCCUGUUUGUUCUUGCAUCGUCAAAGUUGGUCAGUGUUAGUAGAAGAACGGCGUUAGGAAAAGUAGUAAAGGUACUGGCAAAAGGGUAGGACAGUUCGCGUUAAACCUAAAGAGGGUGUAGAUAUAGGAGGAAGAGGAAGAGGAGGAGGAGAAGGAGGAGUUGGAGAAGGUGGUGGAGGUGGAGGAGAGAAACGAGGGAGCGCCCACCACCGGCGUCCUCGAGUUUGCGCGUUUCGCUUCGGUCGGUAGCGCGCGCCGAGCGACGCUGCCAGUUAACGCAUCCUGCCGUGGCAGUCGAUAUCCUCGUACGGACCGAUCAGCAAGGCGACGAUCAUCGUUAGAGUUCAGACAGAGAAGAGGAGUGACGAGAAGAGUCACUGUGAGUCUUUAUGUAUCGCGAGGGAUUUGUGUAAUAAGGAAAAAGAAAAGGAAGAAAAGGAGAAGGUGUCUAAAGAAGACUGAAAGGAAGGAAGUUGAAAGAGAGAGGUCGCAAAAGAGGCGGUAAACGUGCAUCGAUCGAGGCAGCGAUUCGUCGCACGCUCAUCCGGAUUCCUGUGAAAGAGAGAGAAGGAAAGAGCGAGAGAAAGUGCGAGACGCAUCAAAAGGGAGGGGAAGACAGAGGGAGAGAGAGAGAGAGAGAGAGAGAGAGAGAGAGAGAGAGAGAGAGAGAGAGAGAGAGAAAGAGAGAGAGAGAGAGGGAGAGAGAGGGAGGGUAGAGAGGGAGUUUGGCGUUGCCAGCGGAAAGAGGCAAGGCAGGAUAGAGGAAGGUCACGCGCCGGCACGGCUGGAGUCGGUGCGAAAUGGCUUGGGGCUACUGGAGCGCGACUUCCGUCAGCGAUCGAAGUCGGUCGCCACGUCGAGAAAAGGACAAACAACAACAGCAGCAGCAGCAGCAACAACAGCAACAUCAAACGUUGCAUCAACAGCAGCAACAACAACAAUAUCAGGAAGUGCCACAGGGUGGCUAUGGGGUUCAGCAGUUGCAGGUCGAGUCUGCUGCCCCUAUUGGCAGCGGAGGCCUAGCACCGGAGGAACCACCCCGUGGCACGAUGAUCCAGGCUGGUUCCUUCUACUCGUAUACCGCAGCAACAACGGCAGCCGCUGCGGCGGCUGCAGCCGCAGCCGCAGCCGCGGCUGGACGUCGAAUCGGUGCUUCGGUCGAAGGUCCUUCCUCUUCCUCCUCGAGCGGCAUACAAAUUUUACCGAGAGAACGACACAUCGUCAAACCUCCACCGGUUGGGAAUUAUCCACCUUCGCCUGGUAGCGACUCCGGAGAUUACGAGCAAACACCGCUCGGUGGUGGUAUCGGUGGUUCUCGAGCAACCGAGUGCUCGCCACCGCCCCUACCUCAUGCAGCCAGUCCACUCGGCAUUGUCGCUGCUGGCCUUGGUCCUGGUGCCGACAUCCUGGCACAACCAUGCUCCUCCUCCAGGAUGAAACUACUUGCCGACGAAACGGCCGAGGAAUUCUCGGACGUCGACUCAGCCGGUCCUGAGAUUAUCUACGCGAGCAAUGGCCGUGGUAUCGGCACCACUGGCUGCCUAUUGCACGGUCCCUGCGCUGCUAAUCCACCGCCGGAACCCGCGCCUCCUAUACCCCCUCUCCUGGACGAACACACCUCGGCACCCUCGCACAUUUGGUUCAACGAAAUCACCUGGGUUUUUCCAAAUGUGCCGCCCGCCCCAGGAAUGCCUUGUCAAGGAGAAGACAGAAGCAUAUACAGACGCGGAGCACGUAGGUGGAGGAAGCUGUACCGGGUGAAUGGACAUAUAUUUCAGGCGAAACGCUUCAAUCGGCGGGCGUUCUGCGCGUUCUGCCAGGAUCGGAUCUGGGGACUGGGUCGGCAGGGAUUCAAGUGUAUCCAGUGCAAGCUCCUUGUACACAAGAAAUGUCACAAGGUGGUGCGGAAGCCCUGCUUGAGCAUGCAGCAGCAGCAACAACAGCAACAACAACAAUUGCAGAGCACGGAAUCCCAGACGAUCGACAGGAACGGCGAUCAACAACAGCCUGAUUCUCUACGUUGCAGUCCGGCAGCUCAUCUCGAAGACGAGAUCGCUGAGUCGCCGAUCGUUGAGGAGCACUCACGUAAUCGAACCGGUAGCUACGAAGGGGAAGAAUUGGCAUUAGAUACGGUUACUGGCGCUGAUAAUUCAAACGAUAUGCAGAGGCAAUACUCGUUGAACGAUUUCGAACUCAUCAGGGUGAUUGGUCGUGGUUCUUAUGCAAAAGUUCUCAUGGUCGAACUUAAACGUACCAAAAGGAUCUAUGCGAUGAAGGUGAUCAAGAAGGCAUUGGUAACAGACGAUGAGGAUAUUGACUGGGUGCAAACGGAGAAGCAUGUAUUUGAGACUGCCUCGAAUCAUCCCUUCCUCGUUGGCCUUCAUUCGUGUUUCCAAACACCCUCUCGACUUUUCUUCGUCAUCGAAUUCGUCCGAGGUGGUGAUCUUAUGUUCCACAUGCAAAGGCAGCGUCGACUUCCUGAGGAACAUGCACGCUUUUAUGCGGCUGAGAUCAGUCUUGCGUUGAACUUCUUGCACGAGAAAGGUAUAAUAUAUCGAGAUCUAAAACUGGAUAACGUAUUGCUGGAUCAUGAGGGUCACGUCAAGCUUACGGAUUAUGGAAUGUGCAAGGAGGGUGUCCGAGAAAGCGAUACCACUGCAACUUUCUGUGGAACACCUAACUAUAUAGCCCCGGAGAUAUUGCGUGGCGAGGAUUAUAGCUUUUCAGUCGAUUGGUGGGCUCUUGGCGUUUUAUUGUACGAAAUGUUGGCGGGUCGUAGUCCCUUCGACAUUGCCGGUGCUUCGGAGAAUCCCGAUCAGAAUACCGAGGAUUAUCUCUUCCAAGUUAUAUUACAAAAGACGAUUCGUAUUCCGCGAUCGUUAUCGGUAAAGGCCGCUUCCGUUUUGAAAGGCUUCCUUUGCAAGGAUCCCGCUGAGAGACUUGGUUGUGGAAAGAGGCCUUCGGCCUUUUUCGAUAUAGUCACGCAUUCUUUCUUCAAGGCGAUCGAUUGGGAAAUGCUUGAACAGAAGCAAGUCACGCCGCCAUAUAAACCACGCUUGGAUUCUGACCGCGAUUUGGCAAACUUCCCACCGGAGUUCACCGAUGAGCCAGUACAUCUGACGCCGGAUGAUCCGAGAGUGAUCGAUAAGAUCGAUCAGAGCGAGUUCGAGGGCUUCGAAUACGUGAAUCCAUUACUAAUGUCCCUGGAGGAUUGUGUGUGACAAGAGCCGCUCGUAGUUGUGCCACAGCACGUACAAGAUGAACAACAAAUGCAACAGUUUUACAUGGAAGAAUUGUCAAACAAACUGUCGAAGCUACGAAUCGAUCCCCUCCUUCGCAUUAGUUCCGAUAAUCAGGGAUAUCAU